CUGCAGAACCUGUUUGGUUGGUCACUUUACGCAUAUCUGUCAGGAGCUCUAUACCUGCCCAAGUGAGCAAAGGUAUCAGAUUUAGUCAGAGUUUAGAGGAGUCAACAUCUGCACCUGCAUCUCAGCGUUGGACCCCUUACAUCAGCAUCUUCAGAUUUUCUAAGGACCCCUCUUUUGCGAUAUGCUGCAGUAAACAGAAAUAAAAGACGAUGAAUGGGGAAAUCGAGAGUUCAGUCUCCUCAGACAAUAAGGUCUUGGAGAGCACAGGGAAAGGACCCGUGUUGGAUGUCGGAAUUAAAGGUUCUGGAAUCAGUGUAAAAGGGGAUGAAGAUAAGAUUGUUGCUGCCACGAUUCACUUAGACCACCUUGGCAAAGAAGAUGUGCUGAAAUUACUCAAGAUCAUUCAGCCUUACGAUGAGAACCUCGAAAUUAAGACCAAAGGAGGUCUAAACACCAAAAUGAAACUUGGUGAUCUUCUCUUGAAGGGUGAAACUCCAAAGCUUGCAGAUCCAAACCUUCAAGUGCCAUCAGUUGAAGUCCGUGGGCUGAAUGGAAAGUUAAACUCCCCGAAUAUCAUGGGUGACCUCACAGCUCCACCAGUCAAUGGAGAAAUCCCACAGAUCAAGUUAAAGGGCUCUCUACCUGACGCGACUGUGGGGGAGGGUGGCAAGUUCACAAUGCCAACUGUCGGCUUGUCUGGGCCUAAACUUCAAGGUGCGAAUCUAGAUGGCACCAUCCCAACCCCCAGUGUCAGUGUCUCUUCUCCAACACUGAACUCUCCAGAUGUCUCAGCAGAGGUUAAGAAGCCAGAUGUGAAGUAUAAGGCACCUAAGUUUAAGAUGCCAAACUUCCGUUCUCCUUCUAAAAAAGCAAAAGUAGAUGGGGGUCUGGAAGUGACUACUCCAGAGUUAAAAGCAGAUCUACAAUCCCCAGAUUUUAGUCUGUCAGUCCCAAAGGUUGAUGGAGAUCUCAAAGCACCAGACGUCGAUGUGAAUUUGCCCAAAGCGGAAGUAAAAGGCCCAAACCUGAAGGCAGACAUCCCUGACGUUGAUGUUGAGGCUCCCUCUGGAAAAUUUAAAGUACAUAAGCCCAAAUGGGGUAUCUCAAAGCCUAAGGUAAAGACUCCAAAUGUUGAUGCAAACAUCAAGACACCAGAAGCUGACCUCUCUCUACCAGAUCUCAAAGCUGACGUCAAGUCCCCAGAUGUUAAUGUAGCUUUACCUAAUGCUAAGCUCAGCAGCCCUGACGUAGACAUUGACACACCAAAUCUUGAUGUCAAUGCUCCCUCCGGUAAAAUUAAAUGGCCCAAAUUCAAGAAACCAAAAGGAACACUGAAAGGACCAUCUGUGGACAUUGAUACAGACGUGAAAAGUCCAGACCUGAAUCUAUCUGGCCCCAAAGUGGACGCAGACAUCAGUGCACCAAAUGUUAAUUUAGAUGUACCAGCAGCAAACGUAGAUCUGAGUUUACCCAAGGCAGAGAUAGGAACUCCAGAUGUUGAUCUGAAAGCUCCCAAAAGUAAACGUUAAUGCUCCAUCUGGGAAACACAAGUUCCCUACUGUCAAGCUACCAAAGUUAAACCUACAUAAACCAAAGAUGGA